AUGAGCUCAAUAAGCUACUCGACCCCUAUUAAAGAAGAGGUCUGCUGGUCGGAAAAAGAGGCUCUGGGGCUGAACAUUAUCAUGAAAGAGGAAGAGGAGGAUGAUAUCACCGUGAAAGGCGAGGAUCCGGAGAUGACUGUCACAGGGAAAGGGGAGGAAGAAGCUGUGUUAGUGAAGGAGGAAGAGGAGGGGGAGAUGACUGUCACAGUGAAAGGGGAGGAAGAAGCUGUGUUAGUGAAGGAGGAGGGGGAGAUGACUGUCACAGUGAAAGGGGAGGAAGAAGCUGUCUUAGUGAAGGAGGAAGAGGAGGGGGAGAUGACUGUCACAUGGAAAGGGGAGGAAGAAGCUGUGUUGGCCCUGUUCAGAGAUAUUAAUGCCUCUUGUGGAACUGUGAGAGGAGGAGAAGAGAAGAAAGGAUCAGAUUUGACUCAUCAAAGAGAGAGGCCAGACUCUCGCUCUGACACUAGGAAGAGUCCUACGGGGGAAUCGGCCCCAGUGACAUCCAAACCAGCAAGACCCCACCACUGUUCCCAGUGUGGAAAGAGAUUUAUCCGGUUAGGGCACCUGAAACAACAUAAGAGAACACAUACAGGGGAGAAGCCUUAUCACUGCUCCCAGUGUGGAAAGGGUUUUGGACAGUCAGGUGAUCUAAAAGUGCAUGAAAGAAUACACACUGGAGAGAAGCCGUAUCAAUGCUCACAGUGUGAAAAUAAUUUUUUCUCAUCAGGGGACCUGAAAUCACAUGAGAAAAUACACUUAGUAGAGAGGCCUUUCCAAUGCUCUCAGUGUGGAAAGGGAUUUAUCCAGUCAUCGCAUCUGAAAGAGCAUGAAAGAAUACACACAGGAGAGAAGCCAUUCCAAUGCUCCCAGUGCGGAAAGAGUUUUACCCAGAGAGGGAAGCUGACAAAUCAUGAAAGAAGACAUACAGGUGAGAAGCCUCAUCGCUGCUCUCAGUGUGGAAAGGGUUUUGGACAGUCAGGGCAUUUAAAAGUGCAUGAAAGAACACACACUGGAGAGAAGCCAUAUCAAUGCUCCCAGUGUGAAAAGAAAUUUUUGUCAUCAGGGUACCUGAAAUCACAUGAGAAAACACACUUAGUAGAGAGGCCUUUCCAAUGCUCUCAGUGUGGAAAGGGAUUUAUCCAGUCAUCGCAUCUGAAAGACCAUGAAAGAAUACACACAGGAGAGAAGCCAUUCCAAUGCUCCCAGUGUGGAAAGAGUUUUACCCAGAGAGGGAAGCUGAAAGAUCAUGAAAGAACACAUACAGGGGAGAAGCCUCAUCACUGCUCUCAGUGUGGAAAGAGUUUUGGACAGUCAGGGCAUUUAAAAGUGCAUGAAAGAACACACACUGGAGAGAAACCGUAUCAAUGCUCUAAGUGUGAAAAGAAAUGUUUCUCAUCAGGGGAUCUGAAAUCACAUGAGAGAACACACUUAGUAGAGAGGCCUUUCCAAUGCUCUCAGUGUGGAAAGGGAUAUAUUCACUCAUGGCAUCUGAAAGAGCAUAUGAGAAUACACACGAGAACAACCAUUCCAGUGCUCUGUGUGGAAAGGGGUUUAACUGGGUAGUGAGCCUGAAAACGCAUAAAAUGACACACUCAGGAGAGAAGCCUGAGCCUCUGUUCCCAGUGUGGAAAGGGUUUUGUGCAGUUAGUGCACCUAAAAAUACACGAGAGGACACACACAUGAGUGUAGCCUCACCUUUGCUUCCCAGUGUAGAAAGGGGUUUUCUUCAGUUAAGGGGCCUGAAAGAAAAUGAGAGACGCACACGGGGGUAGAAGACGUCUUUGGAGCAGGGCUUCAUUCAUUUCAAAACCAGUGUUUACAGAUCAUUAUUACAUCACCUAGAUAUGAAAAAACACCCAGUUGAAUAAUGGAAUGUAUUUACAAAUUCUUCAACUACAUAUGAUAUUAAGAAUGUGAAAGACAGUACAAUAAUAAAUAUUACAAUGAUUUGGAUGUAUUUAAAAUAGUUGUGAAUGUACUUAGUAUUUAAAAUAGUUGUGAAAGUACUUAGUAUUUAAAAUAGUUGUGAAUGUACUUAGUAUUUAAAAUAGUUGUGAAUGUACUUAG